AAAAUCAAAUAUUACAAUCAUUUUAUGGAAUUACGGUCCGGGUUUAAGAAAGCUGCUCGAGCAAUACAGAAAAACAAAAUGGAGGGCACACAAGCGAGUGAAGACAUCGUUUUUAGUCAAGAAAGCCAAGAAAUUUUAGAAGCAGCUCCAGUAGCCCAUAUACAAAACAUGGAUUUGUCAAUCUUAAUGAAAGCAAUACAAGGAAUGCAACAAGAAAUGAAAACAGGACAAGAAGAAAUGAAAGCAGGACAAGCACAUCUAGAAAACAAAAUGGAAGCAGGACAAGAACAGAUUAUCAAAACUCAAGAAAAGAAUAUCGAACAGUUACGAAACGAAAUAAGAGGUCAAAAACAAGAAUGCGAACGAAGAUUUACGAUUCAUGAAAAGAAAAUUGAAGGCUUACAUCAGCAGCACGUUGGUUUCACACAGCAGGUGGACUACGAGUUCAAGAAAGUAGAACACCAGAUAGCAAAACAGGAAAAAAUAACUGAUCAGAAGAUAACUGACCUCGACAACAAAGUGGAAAGAAACACAGAAGAAAUUGAAGAGAUAAAAGAAAAAAUAAAAGAAGAGAAACCGAUUAAUACACAGAAGGCGAGUACGAUCAUUUACAAAACUGAGGGAUUAACAACAUUGAAACCAAAGAAGUUUGAUGGAAGCUUCCGAAGUGUGCACCCGGUUAAUUUUUUGAAAUCCCUAGAGAAUUAUUGGAUGAAUAUGCAUCUCAAAGAACAGAAAAUGAAUAUAAUGGAAGAUUAUUUGGAGGGAUGUGCUAAAGCGUGGACCGACCUACAUCAAAGCGAAUGGAGAAAUUUUAAAGAAUUCAAGAGAGAAUUUUUGGAACAAUUUUGGUCAACGGAGAAGCAAAAUAAAAUCCGGCAUCAACUAAAUACGCCCAGACUAUAUAAUGCAAGGAAUGGAAGUUACACGGACCAUGUGUGGUACUGGGUAUCGAAAACUGCACACCUGGAACCAAGAAUAAAGGAAGAUCAGCUAAUAGAAGCACUAGUAGAUCAUUUCCCAAGAGACAUCCAGAUGGUACUAUAUGCGGCCCAAGCAAAAACGAUCAAGAAUUUGACAGAAAUUUUAGAAAAAAUUCAAGAAACUAAUAGAGAUUGGAGAAGAGAUUCAAACAGGCCAGAAACAAGAGAUCAAGAUCAAAGACCUUAUCAAAACCGAAACCGAGAAAAUCAAGACAGAAGAGAAAAUAGACAACAGUAUGAAAGAAGAGAUCAAGACCAAAGAAAUUACCAAAACCGAAAUAAUUAUCAACAAGACAAUAGAAGAGAGGCCAACCCAGUGAAUUAUGGAAGGGGACGAGGAAAUUAUGGGGCAUACAGCAGAAGUUAUGAUGACCGAAGGCAACAUGAAGGAGCUGUAGAUAAUCAGCCAAGAAGAAACGACCAGGGAAACUAGAUGCUACUGGACAAGGAGCUCCAC